UGUCGUAUUGCACUUUAAAACAUACUUCGAAGAAGAAAAUGGUGUGACAGUAAUAACAAAUGAGCCUAUUCCAGAAAAGAUACCUGAGUUCAUGAAAGAAAUAAAAUUCAAAGCAAAUCCAUUUAAAAUGAAACAAUCAGAAAAGAAUGCCAGCAUGUCUAAGGAAAUCAAGUCUGAUGAAACUGAAUUAGAAAACAUUUCUAAUACUAAUAGUACAGACGAAACAUAUUUGAAAACUGAAGAGAAACCUAUGUAUAAGUGUACUAUAUGUGGAAAGUCUUCUUUGAGAGACCCCGAAAAACAUCUGAUCAGCCAACAUGUUAAAACCUGUCUUUACCACUGCUUGA